AUGUCGGCAUCAACGGUGUCUCUCACCACUACUCCGACGACGGAGAUUAGACGGCGGACGCCUGUUCUCUCCGGUGAGAAGAAAUCUAAUUUUGAUUUCCCACCGAGCGAAUCACAUGCGAAUGCGGCAAUUGGAGACUCCGGUGAUACGAAUCGGGAUCUGACUCGCGCCGAGGCUUCCGCUGAGAGAUCUAGCGCCUACGACGUGGGUCCGGUUAGAAGGAAAUCGGGAUCCACAGCGACGGGGACUAAUACGACCACCCCGCAGCGUCGGACGCGGAAGGUUCAGGGACUGAAGACGGAGAAGGCUCAGUGGAAGAGAGUGGUUAGGGUAUUCGCGAAGCAGUUGGGAGUUCUUUUGUUGCUCGUUGGAUUGAUUCAAUUGAUAAGGACAGUGACUAUGAAGGAGGAGGAUAGGUCUCUAUCUUCUUCGAGUUUCCCAAUUGAAACGGAGAUGGUGCUUUCGGAAUUGGAGAGUCGGAUUUCUGCAGUUGAUGGGUUGGUUAAGACGACGACGAAGAUGAUGCAAGUCCAAGUCGAAUUUCUUGAUAAGAAGAUGGAAAGCGAAACGAGAGCACUGAGGCAGACGAUUGAUUCUACGUCUUCUGCGUUGCAGAGUGAUUUGAAGAAGAUAGAGUCUAGGACUGAGACGUUGCAGGCUUCUGUAGAUGAAGUCAAUGCUAAACCUUUGGUGACUAGAGAGGAAUUAGAGAGGGUUUAUGAGGAGUUGAAGAAGGGUAAAGUACAUGAUACUUCUUUUAGCGAUAUCAGCAUUGAUGAAUUGAGGGCUUAUGCUCGUGAUAUAGUGGAGAAGGAGAUUGGAAAGCAUGCUGCAGAUGGACUUGGCCGAGUAGACUAUGCAUUAGCGUCAGGUGGGGCUUUUGUAAUGGAUCAUUCGGAUCCGUCUCUUGGUGGAAAUGAGGGUAGUUGGUUUGGGACAAGCAAAAUACGGCGGGUUCAUAGCCAAGCGGUUAGGAUGUUAACUCCGAGUUUCGGGGAGCCUGGACAGUGUUUUUCUAUGAAAGGAACUAUUGGAUAUGUUCAAGUCAGGCUAAGAACACCAAUCAUACCAGAGGCUGUUACCUUGGAACAUGUCUCUAAGGCUGUAGCGUAUGAUAGAUCGACCGCCCCAAAGGAUUGCCGUGUAUCAGGAUGGCUAGAAGAGAAAGAAAUGGAGAGUGAGACAAUGUUCCUUCUUACAGAGUUCAGUUACGACUUAGAGAGGUCCAAUGCACAGACAUUUGAAAUUCCAGAUUCUGCUCGCUCGGGACUUGUCAACACUGUUAGGCUAGACUUCACAUCCAACCAUGGAAGCUCUCCAUACACUUGCAUCUACCGUUUCAGGGUUCAUGGCCGUGAACUAGACUCUGUUCCACCUCCUUUACCCCCAUCACUGUCUUUGCCACCGUCACGGUCACCUUCUUUGCCUCCGUCACAACCACCGUCACAGCCACCUUCAUUGUCUCCGUCACAACCACCGUCACAGUCACCUUCUUUUCCACCGUCACAAUCACCUUCUUUGCCUCCGUCACAGUCAACGUCAGUCGCUUGUAAGUCAACUCCAUACCCUAAGCUAUGCCGUACGAUCCUCUCGGCUUUCAAAUCCUCACCGUCCGAUCCAUACCGUUACGGGAAGUUCACCAUCAAGCAAUGCGUAAAACAAGCAAGCCGUCUUUCCAAAGUCAUCACUUCAUACGCGAAGCGCGUGAGGAGCAAACCCGGCUCGGCCACGCCGGAAGAGAUCGGCGCGCUGGAAGACUGCGGCGAGUUAGCCGAGCUGAGCGUGAACUACCUCGAGACCGUCACGGAGGAGCUCAAAACGGCUGAUAUGAUGACGUCGGCUCUCGUGGAACAUGUGAACAGUCUUCUUAGUGGUGUGGUGACGAACCAGCAGACUUGUCUCGACGGACUCGUGGAGGCGAAGAGUGGAUUCGCCGCCGCGAUCGGUUCGCCGAUGGGGAAUCUCACGCGACUUUACAGUAUCUCGCUAGGGCUUGUGAGCAACGCGCUUAACCGUAACUUGAAGAGGUUUAAAGCCUCUAAAGGGAAGAUUCUUGGUGGUCAAAACUCAACCUAUCGCGAGCCUCUCGAGACUUUGAUUAAGGUUUUGCGUCAAACAUGCGAUAAGGAAAAAGAUUGCCGGAAAGCUAGCCGGAACUUGGGAGAGUUAGGAGAGACUAGCGGCGGUUCGAUCCUCGUGAGGCAAGCAGUGAUUGUCGGUCCGUACAAAACCGACAACUUUACGACCAUCACUGAUGCUAUUGCAGCCGCACCUAAUCACACUAGACCUGAGGAUGGUUUCUUUGUCAUCUACGCAAGAGAAGGUGUCUACGAAGAAUAUAUUGUUGUUCCGAGCAACAAAAGGAACUUGAUGCUUAUCGGAGAUGGAAUCAAUAAGACCAUUAUUACCGGGAGCCAUAAUGUUGUUGAUGGUUGGACUACAUAUAAUUGCUCGAGCUUUGCGGUCGUUGGAGAGCGGUUCAUGGCGGUUGAUGUUACAUUUAGAAACACGGCCGGACCUGAAAAACAUCAGGCAGUGGCCUUGAGGAAUAAUGCGGAAGGAUCGACUUUUUACCGGUGUAGUUUUGAAGGCUAUCAAGAUACUCUCUACGUCCAUUCUCUUAGGCAAUUCUAUCGUGAAUGCGAUAUAUAUGGUACCAUCGAUUUCAUAUUCGGAAACGCGGCAGCAAUCUUUCAAAACUGCAACAUUUAUGCUCGAAAACCAAUGGCAAAGCAGAAGAACGCGAUAACAGCUCAUGGAAGAACCGAACCAAAUCAAAACACCGGAAUCUCUAUCAUCAAUUGUACGAUCAAACCCGCCCCAGAUCUUGCAGCUGAUCCUAGCUCAACCAUGACGUUCCUAGGGCGGCCAUGGAAGCCAUACUCAAGGACGGUUUUCAUGCAGUCAUAUAUUAGUGACAUUGUCCAACCAGUCGGAUGGCUUGAAUGGAACGGUACAACUGGACUAGACACGAUCUACUACGGUGAAUACGAUAACUUUGGACCGGGGGCUAACACAAACCAGAGGGUGCAAUGGUUAGGGUACAAUUUAUUGAACUUGGCACAAGCCAUGAACUUCACGGUUUAUAAUUUUACCAUGGGAGAUACAUGGCUGCCUCAAACUGAUAUUCCUUUCUACGGUGGUUUGAUUCGCAAAGACUGA